UAUAAAAAUACGAAAGAAGAAACGAUUCGUAUUCGGUGGUCGAUUUGUGAAAGCGAAGCGCAGCUAAUUUCGCAUCCUCAUUCCGCCUCGCCAUAUCGAUCCUCCUCCUCCUAAGACCGAAAGAACCGAUAAAUCACCGAUCCGCUUUUACAAUCCGCCAAUUCUCGCUCCUGAAUCUUAUUCAUUUAUUAUCGACGUUGAAACACGUUGCGAAAUCAAAUCAUCUCGUUUCAGUAAAUUUUUCCAUUCGCCCGAUUUUCACGCGAAAAAGUUGACGGACUCGAGGAUUUUUUCUGCCUAUUCCCAGGAUUCCGAUCGUCGAUCCCUUUAUUCUCGAGAAAGAUGAGGAGGACGAAAUGAGAAAUUUCCAAGGGAGGGAACGUGCUUUACGCGCUGCUUCCAAAAUGUAUUUUAAGCGAACCAGGAGGAGAAGGAAUUGACCCCGGAAGAAGCGGAGUUCAUCCAAAAAAUCAAGUCGAAGAUAAAUGUGGUACGAUCCAUGGAACGUCUCUACGCCGUGCCAUCGGAACAGCUGCGUGUUUGGUUGAUCUGGCUGUCGAAAGUAGGAGACAUGGCUGACGAAUGGCACAAAUGGUUACGCUCUCACAUCGACUUCGUUCUGAGACUGUCGAUAGAGCUGCGGGCGGCCGAGGAAAUUUUAAUAUUGGAGAAAAAGGAGGAAGAACCGGAGGAUAUAAAAAAGGAAGAGGAAGUCAAAGUGGAAGCCAAAGUCGAAACCAAAGUCGAGACUAAAGAGAUCGAGACGAACACGAAGGAUGACAUACAGGAGGAGACGAAGGAGGAGACGAAGGAAGAGACGACGGAGGAGACGAAGGAGGAGACGAAGGAGGAUACGAAGGAGGAUACGAAUGAGGACGAAAAGGUGGAGGAAAUAAACAACCAAGAAGCGGAGAAUCCAAACGAUGACGAUGAGAUGGCAGAGGAGGAGAAAGAGAGAGAUGAGGCAGAAGUACCGGCAGAAGAAUUGGAGGAAAAACCGAAACUCGAGUUGAUAAUGGAGGAGGAGGAGGAGGAAAAAAAAGAAGACCUAGAAGAAAAAAGAAGAGAAGAAGAAGAACGAGAGACGGAAGAUGUGGAGGAACCGGUAGUGACUGAAGUAGAAGAGAAAAAAGAAGACGAAGUGGUGGAAGAAGAAGAAGAGAAGCCGUCGAUAGUGAUAACGGAAGAGGUAGAAGAGGAACAAAUUAUAAUAAAGGAAUGGCCUGUGGGCAUUCCGUGGGAACAUUUAGGGAUAGAGGAAGAGGAGGAGAAGCCAUUUAACGAGCGAUUGCCCAUACCCAAGAACGAGGCGGAGAUGAAGGAUUUCUUGAGGAAGUUCACGCACGAGGCGACCAUCCAUCGAUCCUCCUUUAAGCAUUGGAAGGAUACCGCGGAUCAGGCUGUCAAGGAAAUUGGAAACAGACUGGUCAUGGCUACGUUCCUGGUGCAAGGGAAAGAUCCGUCUGGAGAGGUAAAGAAACCGGUCCCUAAAAAAGUACCCAGCAAGCCCAAAAAAAUAAAAUCAGUCCAAAAGAAGGCGAAGAAAAAGAAAGUUGCGUCGCCUGCGAGGAAGACGAACGGGGAACCGGAGGAAACGGAAGACACAAAAAUGGAAAUGACCUCGAGUAAAAGGAAUUUGGAAAUUCGCAAAAUGCUCGAUAUUGACGCGGAUGAUUUAGUGAAAGACUCUGCACGUGGAAUGGAACCGUUGCCGUACUUCUUCUACCUGAAAGUGGAACCGGACAUCGACAUAGCUAUAGAGCACGAUGACGAGAAGGUGAUCCUGGCCGACACCGAGCGCGAGAACAUAACCGGUGAUUACCAGCGGCUCUACUUCAAUCUUUCGGAUAAACCUUGCAAAGGAGGGAAACCGUGGAUAUUGUAACACGAGGAGAACAUAUGUCACUAAAAAGCGUA